AUGUCGAAGGUAUAUUUUAUUUCAGGAGCUAACCGUGGUAUCGGUUUCAACAUUGCCAAAAUCUUAGCUCAAAGACCAGAUGUCAAGGUUAUUGCUACUGCUCGUAAUGUCGAGGCUGCAAAAGAUCUUGCUGAAUUGAAGGCUAGCACUGGUAGAGUUGAAAUUCUUCAAUUGGACGUUAGUUCUGAAGAAAGCAUUGACGCUUUAGAUGCUCAAUUAAAGAAGGUUGCCGCAGAUGGUGUGGACGUUUUUGUUUCAAAUGCGGCUAUUGCAGAUGCGUACUAUACAGUAUUGGAAGCUCCAACUAAGGUGUGGACUGAUCACUAUAAGACAAAUGUAUUAGGUCCAAUUUUGCUCUUCCAAGUUUUAUAUCCUUACUUAGCUAAGAAGAAGACUAGACAAAUUGCAUUUGUUUCUAGUGUUGCAGGUUCAAUUGGUAACUACUUCCCUUUCAGCAGUUCUGCUUAUGGUCAGUCCAAGGCAGCUUUGAACUAUUCUGUUAAGGAAAUCAGUUCUGAAUUGGAUGCUGAAGAAUUCACCGUUAUCUCUAUCCAUCCUGGUGUGGUCACUACUGAUAUGGGAAAUUAUGCAGUUGGAAAGAUUAGUGAUCCAAAUGUAAUUGGAGCAUUAAAGGAAUUGGCAAUUACUCCCGAGUCAAGUGCCACUCAGCAAGUAGAGGUAUUUGAUAAGUUGAGCAGAGAAUCCAAUGGAAAGUUUUUGAACUACGAUGGUACUGAAUUAGUUUGGUAG